AAACACACCUCCACUUCCUGUUUUUACGCCGUGGUAACAACGUGGAUUCACUCCGGUUCACCACGGUGUAGUGAGAGUGUGAGUGAGUGUGAGUGAGUGAGUCCGGAGCCUCUGUCACCGGCCAUCAUGCAGAUAUCAAGUGUGAACGACGUGAAGAUUUAUAACUUGAGUCACGGGAAGUCUCUUCCUGAGUGGCUGUCAGAUCGUAAGAAAAGACAGCUUCAAAAGAACGAUGCAGACAUCCAGCGCAGGAUCGAGCUCAUCCAGGACUUUGAGAUGCCCACAGUGUGCAACUCCAUCAAAGUGUCGAGAGACGGGCAGUUCAUCCUGGCAGUUGGCACUUACAAGCCCAGGGUUCGCUGUUACGACACCUAUCAUCUGUCCCUGAAGUUUGAACGCUGUCUGGAUUCCGAUGUUUUGGCCUUUGACAUCCUGUCUGAUGACUACUCUAAGUUGGUGUUCUUGCAUUCUGACCGCUACGUAGAGAUCCACUCUCAGCACGGACAAUACUACAAGACGCGUAUUCCAAAGUUCGGACGAGACUUUUCUUACCACUACCCUUCCUGUGACCUCUUCUUUGUGGGGACAAGUUCAGAGGUUUUCAGGCUGAAUCUGGAACAAGGGCGCUUUCUCAACUCACUCCAGACUGAUGCUGUGGAGAACAAUGUGUGUGACAUAAACUCCGUCCAUCAUUUGCUUGCCACAGGGACCUCAGAGGGAAGGGUGGAAUGCUGGGACCCUCGUGUGCGGAACAGAGUGGGCAUACUGGACUGUGCCCUAAGCAGCCUCACUGAGGGAACAGAAGUUCAAGGUUUGCCUUCAAUCAGUGCUCUGAAGUUUAAUGGCUCCCUCACCAUGGCAGUCGGCACCAGCACAGGACAGGUUCUGCUGUACGACCUGCGCUCCAACCAACCGCUGCUGGUUAAAGACCACUUCUACAACCUGCCAAUCAAGGCGCUCAACUUCCACGAUCAGCUCGACCUGGUUGUGUCUGCUGACUCCAAGAUUAUAAAAUUCUGGAACAAAGACAACGGCAAGGUGUUCUCCUCCAUACAGCCUCAGGCCAACAUUAAUGAUGUGUGCAUGUACCCUAAUUCAGGUAUGCUCUUCACUGCCAAUGAAGAUCCCAAGAUGAACACUUUCUACAUCCCGGCUCUGGGCCCUGCACCUCGGUGGUGCUCCUUCCUCGACAACCUGACAGAGGAGCUGGAGGAGAGUCCAGAGAGCACAGUGUACGAUGACUACAAGUUUGUCACCCGCAAGGACCUGGACAAUCUGGGUUUGUCUCAUCUGGUGGGAUCAUCUCUCCUGAGAGCCUACAUGCACGGCUAUUUCAUGGACAUAAGGCUUUAUCACAAGGUCAAAAGCAUGGCUAAUCCUUUUGCAUACGAGGAGUAUCGCAAGGAUAAGAUCCGCCAGAAGAUUGAGGAGUCCAGGACUCAGAGAGUGCAGGUUACGAAGCUGCCCAAGGUGAACAAGGAUCUGGCUCUCAAGCUGAUGGAGGAGGGUGAUGACCAAGCAGAGCUGGCUUCUAGGAAAAAGAAGGGCAAGACUAUCCCCAGCAUCCUGGGCGACGACCGCUUCAAGAUGAUGUUCGAAAACCCUGAGUACCAGGUAGACGAGCAGAGCGAGGAGUUCCGCCUGCUCAACCCCAUCGUCUCCAAGGUCGGACUGAAGAGGAAGAAGAAGCUGCAUCUACUGGCUCAGCAGGCUGCAGCUUCCGAACAGGCGGCUGACAACGAGGAGGAGCCUGAGGGGCGAGCAAGCUCCGAGGAGGAGAGCUCAGACGAUGACAAGAGCUGGGUGGAGGAGGUGAGGGAGCAGCGGAGGUUGCUGUGGCAGGAGGGCCGAGACCGCCGGCGGCAGGAGAGGAAGGAUGCUGACCGCAACACCGUCUUGCUGGAGAAAGGGGGAGAGAAAACCUCAAACAUGGCCGAGAGCAAGAAGACAAGUCAGCCUCAGUUUUAUCAAAUCAAAGCCGGGGAGGAGUUCAGAAGUUUUAACGACAUGGCCCGCAAGCAGAAACUACAGAAGGCUUCACUGGAGGACCGUCUGAAGCUGGAGGAAAAUUCUGGAACUAGCAACGUGACCGACGCUGCAGUUGGCAGCAAACAGUUAACCUUCACUCUCAAAAAGUCGGAGCAGCAGAGGAAGCAGCUGCAGGCAGAGCGGGAGCACCACGAGGAGAGGAAGAAGCUGCGGCGCUCAGCAGGACACCUGAGCAGCGGCCGGGGAAGAGGCUGGGGCGGCGGCAGAGGAAGAGGAGGGGGAGAGGAGGGGAAGAGGGGGAGAGGAGGGGAGAGAGGAAGAGGCCACUACUGAGGAGGGAAACAUAGUCCACUGUCAGAGGCUUCAUCCUGGAUGGACAACAGAGGCAUUCCUUGCAAAAGUCCUCACAUUCAAAUCAAAGUUUAGUAGUUUCAGCUCUGAGUUGUGUUCAAGUGUUAAAGAAAACUGCGUUUAUGCUCUAUGGACAUAUAGGAGACAUUGUGCACAAAGCUGAGACAGACAAUGAUGAACGGGUGAGGUUGUCCUGCUCCUGGGUGGUCUGAGCCAUGUGUUUAGCUGCUCUCUGCAAAUUCACAGCACAUUUAAAAAGAUUAGCGAUGUGUCUGUCUUUGCACAUAUAAUUCUUAUGCCAUUAUCCAAAAGUACCUUGACUGCAUAUUUUUUGAGCAGGGUGGACCCAGGAGGAGUCAAAGACACAAAGAGCUGAAAGGACUUGACUUGACCUGCCUUGUUUCAGGCAUCUAGUUUCUUACUAGUGCUCCUCAGUGGAGCCUAUUAUAUCAUUUAAUGGAUUGGAGAAAAGAUGUCUCAAAUUAUAAUUUUCUUAUUAUUGUAUUUUGUUGAGCCAACAAUGUAUUUGCAAUUGGCACAUUGAUCUUCUGCUUUUUUAAUUGUUGAAAAUCAAAAUGUGGCAAUCUUUACUAAGUGCUAGAAUGAUGUAAAAUGUUUUACUACUCAGUCUCAGUAGAGAAUGUUUCCUUUGCAGCAGAUUACAACCGACUUGCGUCAGAAGUAAAGGGAGAGGAGGAAAAAAAUGUGAACGAGUUAAGUUUUUUUUUCCUGUCCCAAGCCAACAACUGCAGUUCUUGGAAGUGGGACUGCUUGGGUGUCCUUCCCAUCCCCCAAUGUGCUGAUGGUGUGCAAACCCCCUCUGCUCCUGCAUUGGCCCGUUUCAAAUGGGAGGGAGGUGCGUUUCGGCGCUCAGCAUGCCAAACCGGGCCCCAGGCUCAUUUGAGCUAAUAUGAUGUCCCCUUGCUAUUCCAGCGUGACCCAUCAGUUGGUUUUUGUGACAGUAUGAACAACACAUCUCUGAAGAGGGGUUUAACAUAUUAGACACAAAUAUCUUUGUUAUGCUUUGCUGCAAGAGUCUAGCAUGCUAUCAGCACUGUAAGCCUUAAAAUGAAAGUUCAGUGUUAUGGGAAAAAGGCUUAUUUUCUUCCGUGCAGAGAGUUAGAUGGUUCAUAAAACUCUGAUAUCUGUAUGGUAAAUUUGAAGCUCGAGCUAGCAGCCUCUUGGCUUAGCAUUAAAACUGGAAACGGGAAUUAAGCUAGCCUCAUUCAGUUCUUAUCAGGGACUGUAUAUAAAGGUGGACAACAUGACUGCUUCCCAUAAGUGAAGCCAUCUGGUCGCUGGCUGCAGUAUGCAUCAUAAAUCUUGCCUCCUCCAUGUUUGUGGAUGGGAAGUUGUCAAAAUGUCCAAAGGAUUUCCCCCAAAGAUUGUUUCUUAUUUGAAAUACUUCUUAUCACAAUGAUCUUUGUUCGUGUGCUAAUUUUUAAGCUAAGCUAUAAGCGAACCAUCUGCUAGCUAGCCUCCAGCUGCAUAUUUACCCAUUUAUUGUACAGAUAUAAGAGGUGAUAUUAUUUAUCUUAUCUAAAUGUUAAAGCAAAUUCAUGCAAUUCCACAAACUUAAACCUUGUUUAUUAAUUGGCUUUACCUCAUCUGACCCUUUCACUUUGUACUCAAUAGAUCAGGGUCAUUGUUUCAAAGAGGAAAUCCAUCGGUACAAAGCCUAACUGGUAUGAAAAGGGAGCUUUUUACCCAAGUAUCUAAAGAGUGAUUUCUAUCGGAAGAAACUGUGUUGCUGAGGCUCGACGACAGAGCUCUAUCCUAGUUUAGUCCUUUGUGUUGAGAAACCAGUGACGCAGUCCCACUGUAAGAAGAAAAACAUCAUUUAGCAAAGUGUCAUCUGGUAUAGUUGUUUAAUCCUGGUUCCAGGCAAUUUGGCCCCUUUUCCUCUCAGUGCUUUGACUUCACCAUGACAACUGGCAAUCAGGCCACAGGAAGUGGGUCAACCAGGGCCGUCACAAAGAAUAAGGAAAGAAACUGAAUUUCCACAGGCACAAGGACGCGCUAUUUGAUAUACCUUGUAAGACGAACCAUUGGGUAGGCCCACGGUAUGCCUCGUGGUAAAUUUCUGCCUUUUGGACUUUAUCAACACAUGUUUUCACCUGAA